AUGGAGAUGUUGAGUGCCUUGAGAGAUACUAUCAACACUGUUUCUACUGAACUCAGCACUGGGUAAUCUUCUAAUUGAAUUUGAUAAACUUGUCGUUAUGUUAGGGUCGAAAAACUCCGGAUGAACGUUGCUUCAAACGUUUUGGCACAGCAAACGUGAGUUGUUAUUCGAGAUUGGAACAUCAAAAAGAAAUUUCCGGCGUCAAAGUCUCUAGUUUGUAAAAUUCCAUAUUUUCUCAAAAAAAAAAAAAUCCAACGGAAAAUCGUUGAAUUGUAGAUAUUUUCAGAAAUAUUUUGAUGAACUGAGAAACGUAUGAGUUUUUUCAUGUAGCACUAGUGCUGCCAGGUGGGGAACCCCUAUAAAUUUACAUAAUCCUUUGCGUCAUUCUAAAACAAAACUGAGCGACGUCAGUUGAGCUCUGUCUUUGCUACUACUCUAUCGUUUCAAAUGAUACUUUCUUGGGAUUCUCCUGAACGGUUUUUCUGAAGAGUAAUUCGUCAUCAGUUUUUUUUCAGCGUGGCUUCUGAUACAAUUAAUGAAAUUGUGAACACGAAAGCGGGUAGCGAUUUAUUGUUAAGGUUUGCACUUCUGUUCAUCCUCAAGUAUUUUUAAGCCACGCAGGUUCCAAACUAAGCUUGAGGAAAUCAAAGCGAAUGGCGAGGAGAGCGCGAGACUAGCGAAUCUGUGCAGUACUCGCAUGGGAAGAUCACAACAGGUCAACUGAAGGUCCACUGGAAUGAACUGGACAAUGUCUUCAGAUGUGCAAGGAGCGUUCGGACGCAGUUAUGACGAUUGAUGAGUUCGUUCGGAAUCCGGCGGACUUUGAGAAGAAAAUUAGGGAAAUCAAUAACCAGGCAAGCCUUUUGGUAUAUAAUAACAUCCGUGGAAGUUUCUAUUUAGCUGACCAAACUCACUCGGUUCUGCAAUCAGACGGAGCAGGCGAUGACUCAUCUGGAGGCUCUCAGCGAAAUUGUCAGGGCCGAGGAAGAAGUCGACCUCAUCAGACAGCAAUCGCGUACCGCUGCUACCAUCGUUCAGAUCGAGUCGCCAAAUGUUCUCAGCGGUUAGUUGACACUUUUCUUGCCACUACUUUUAAAUGAUGAAUUUUGAGGAGAAAUUCGAUCUCGACCAGGCGAUGAAGCUCGAGCUCACCAGGAAGAACUCAUGCUCGAAGAGUUCCUCAGCGCCGAGAAAUUGGAAGUACCCUAA